AUGCCGGUCGUCAAAGGUGGAGUCUGGACCAACAUUGAGGAUGAGAUUCUAAAGGCUGCCGUCUCAAAAUAUGGACUCAACCAGUGGGCGCGAGUAUCGUCUUUGCUUGCGCGCAAGACAGCCAAGCAAUGCAAAGCGCGAUGGUCAGAAUGGCUCGACCCUGGUAUUCGCAAGAUCGAAUGGAGUCGCGAGGAGGAUGAGAAGUUGUUGCAUCUGGCUAAGUUGAUGCCAACGCAAUGGCGGACUAUCGCACCUAUCGUUGGUCGUACAGCUACGCAAUGUCUGGAGCGAUAUCAGAAGCUGCUGGAUGAGGCGGAGCAGCGUGAGGCAGCCGGCGAACUUGGCUUGCAGGGUCAGGAGGGUGGAGAGACACAGGCGCCGAGUGCAGACGAUGUACGAAGACUGAGGCCUGGAGAGGUGGAUCCAGAUCCAGAGAGCAAGCCAGCAAGACCGGACACGAUUGAUAUGGAUGAAGACGAGAAGGAGAUGCUGAGCGAGGCGAGAGCAAGAUUGGCCAAUACACAGGGAAAGAAGGCAAAGAGGAAAGCGCGAGAAAGGCAGCUGGAGGAGAGCAGAAGAUUGGCUGUGCUGCAAAAGAGGCGAGAGCUGAAGAAUGCUGGCAUUAAUGUCAAGGUUACCACUAAGAAGAAGGGUCAGAUGGACUACAAUGCCGAUAUUCCCUUCGAAAAGGCCCCCGCUCCGGGGUUUUACGAUACUCAGGAGGAGAUGGCACAGAAUGAACAUGCUCGGGAGCAGUUUGACCCGCGAAAGCAACAGCUUGCGAACAAGCGGAAGGGAGAUGGCAAGGAUCAAGAGCAGCAACAGUCGUCCAAGAGACGGAAAGACGAUAGUGGCGCAUCUGCUUUUGCUGCUGCUGCCAAAGCUGGUCAAGCACAGCGAAUUCGCGAAGCAGAAAUGAGCAGCAAGCGAAGAGGCCUUGUCUUGCCUGCACCUCAGGUCAGCGAGGCAGAGCUUGAAGAUAUUGUGAAGAUGGGCAUGUCUGGUGAACGGGCACAUGUAUCAGCAGGAGCCAGUGAGAACGAGGCAACCAGAGGUCUCAUUAGCAAGUAUGACAGUACCGUUGGCGCAACGCCUAUACGCACCCCAAGAGCACCGCAAGAAGAGGAUCGCAUUGCGAACGAGCUUCGGAAUGCUCGUGCAAGAACAGAGACGCAGUCUGUGCUUCUUGGAGGUGAGAACACUGUCCUGGCCGAAGACAGCUCGACAACUGGCUACGGAGGUGUUGCCCCGUCAAAGCAAGCGCAUGCUACUCCCAACCCAAUGGCCACUCCUUUCAGAGUUCAACAGAAUGGCGUUGGAGCGACUCCUAUUCGAACACCUGCCAGGGACUCUUUUCGGCUGAAUCAAGAAGACGGUUCGAUGCAAUUGGUCGGGCAGACACCUCGUGACAUCCGACUACAUGAGCAAGCUGCCAAGUCAUCUCUUAGAUCGAAGCUUUCGUCCCUGCCUAAGCCUCAACAGACGGAAUGGGAAUUGGAAGCCAUGCCUGAAGAGCGAGACGAGUUCGCUGCGGCCGCUGAGCUGGCUGCCGAGGAUGCCGCCAUUCGCGACAAACGCAACGCUCAAAUCGCCCAUGCCAAAGCGCUCGCAGACUUCCGAAGACAGACACGGGUUGUUCAAAAAGGUCUUCCAAGACCCAAGGUUGUGGACAUUGAUGCAAUGCUCAAAGCAGCUCGAAAAAUCUCAGAUCCUAUCGAACGAAGCAUUGCAGAAGAGGCGGCGCUUCUUAUGGCUCAUGACGCAACGAAGUUCGGUGGAGCCAAAGUAUCAGGAAAAGCCAGAAGUAUUGCUGAGAUCGAUGAAGUCUUGAUGCAGAAUGCCAAUAUGGAAGUAGUCCUCGAGAUGGGCCAAGACACAGAUCGAGCACUUUUCGGCAAAGCCUUUGAAGCUGAAUGGGAGCGAGCACAUGCAGGGACGGUACUUCCUGGACUUGCUGGGUAUGCGGAAGAUGAGCUUGAUGAGGAACAACUUCUCGUCGAGUCCUUCGAUAACAUCAAUGAAGCUAUCACUCAAGUCUCGGAGAAAGGUAGCGCGGUUGAGAAGAAGCUCGCUAAGCAUCAAGGUGGAUAUGUGGCGAGGCAGAAGACUUUGCGGGGUAAGAUUCUGGAAGCUGCAAAUGCUUUGGAGAAGACGAAACUUGAGACGGAGGUAGGGAGGUUGAAGAUUAUGGGAGAGGAAGCGGGCAUGGUUGGACGGCUUGAAGCGCUACGAGAUGAAGUGGCUUUGGUUUCCAGGCGUGAAAGAGAAGCUCAGGAUACUUAUCGGGCGCAGAAAGAUGAGCUGGAGGCAUUGGGCUGA